AUGGGCUCCGACAGAAAACGGCCAAACUUUUUGGUCAUCGUGGCUGAUGACAUGGGCUUCUCUGACGUUGGGUGCUUUGGCGGAGAGAUACAGACACCUAAUAUCGACAAGCUAGGUCAGACAGGCAUUCGAUACACCGGGUUCCAUUCAGCUGCAGCAUGCUCACCUACGCGAGCUAUGAUUAUGACCGGUACAGACCAUCAUAUAGCGGGCUUGGGCAAUCUUGUUGAGUUCACCAACUACACUGGCUGGUCUCGAUUUGAGGGCGAGCCGGUUACGGAAAACCGGAAGUUUUACGAUGCAAAGCCACAACGAGGCAUCCCGGGCUAUGAGGGCUACCUGAAUGAGCGCGUCGUGGCUAUCCCUGAGAUUCUUCGUGAUGGAGGCUAUCACACCAUGAUGGCGGGCAAGUGGCACCUCGGGCUCAAGCCGGAACGAGCUCCCCAUGCUCGUGGGUUCAAUCGGUCAUUUGCAAUGCUUCCUGGGAGCUCCAAUCACUUUAACUAUAGACCCGAGGGAGAAGUGAAAAAUGGCACGCCGCAGUUUCUGGACACAAGCCUGAUUUGCUUGCACCAUGAGAAUGGCAAAUACAUAGAUCUUGAGGAUCUGCCCAAAGACUUCUAUUCGUCUAAUGCCUAUGGAGACAAAAUUGUCGACUACAUGGACGAGUGGCACCAGGGAAAGACACAGAAAAAUGAGUCUUUAGACAAGCCUUUCUUUGCAUAUUUGGCAUUCUCUGCUCCGCAUUGGCCUUUGCAGGCACCUAAAGAACACAUCCAAAAUUACCGUGGAGUCUACAACGAAGGUCCUGAGGUUCUUAGGCAAAAGCGUCUUGCAAAUUUAAUCAAGUUGGGCAUGAUUGAGAAGGAUACUGAAGCCCAUCCUGUGGUGGACGACCGCGUUGAAGGGUGGGAUGACUUCACUGUUUACGAAAAGGAGAUGUCGUGUCGGUCAAUGGAGGCAUAUGCCGGGAUGGUCGAGUGUAUUGACAAAAAUGUUGGCAAAGUAGUUGACUACCUGGAGGAAAUCGGCGAGCUCGACAACACAUUCAUAAUGUUCAUGAGUGAUAACGGUGCUGAGGGAGCAGCCUACGAAGCGUAUCCUCUUGUCAAGGGGCCGUUGCUGGAGCACAUUCGCAAAUACUAUGACAACAGUUUCAACAAUAUUGGUGCCGCCAACUCUUUUGUCUGGUAUGGUCCGCGUUGGGCGCAGGCUGCCACGGCUCCCUCUCGCCUGUACAAACUGUAUACGACUGAGGGUGGAGUACGUGUUCCUUGCAUCGCACGCUACCCAGAGUAUCAAGCUGCAAUUAAGCACGAAUUUGCCACAGUCAUGGAUAUUGGUCCCACAAUUCUCGAAAUGGCAGGUAUAGAGCACCCAGCGCCGACCUACCAAGGCCGUGAGAUUGCAGCGAUGCGUGGAAAAAGCAUGCACGCCUGGCUCAAGAAGAAUCGGUUCACCCCAAGGACUUCGUACAAGGAUGGGAACAUGGGAACUCUGUGGACGGGCUGCCAUUCGUGUUGGGUCGUGGAAAGCGAUCCUGGGGAGAUCCACGACUUGAGUAAUGUCAAAUCCGACAAACUGACCGAAUUACUCAAGCACUGGGAUCAGUAUGUUCAAGAAUGUGGCAUUGUUCCCUUGCAUCCGGAACUGGGCGCAUAUUUGGAAGCCACUGAGGAACAAAUGGAGGAAAAUGCGUGGAUUGAGUACGAAUACUGGAAACCCGGGGGGUUGGUUGAUCGUGAGAAGUUUUUCCGAACACCUAAACGUCUUGUGCUCGCGUUGCAAUUUAAGGGCAAGCAUGACUAA